AUGACUUAUCAAAACGGAAUUGUGUUUCGAGGCGUGUUUAUACAUCUCCUCGAAGACAGAGAAAAAGCUUGCCGGAGAAAAGUUCCAAUCAAUCUACUUAGUGGGAGUGCAAGAGAUACGGAGGGAUCGCCAGCUAAAAAAAAGCGCAGCGAAAUUGAAAGAACAGUUCGCAAAGCGUACGACAGGAUCAUGGUUCAGUGGUAG